CAUGUUCAUUGCUAGAACCAAUACUUCUGUUUUCCGUUCUUAAAAGCGAAAGUAAGCGUUCUGAAAACCGAAAGUAAACAAAACAUACCAUACGUUUAGAAGUUUCAAAGGUUUUCUAAACAAAUGCAGUAUUUGAAUAUUUGGUAGCACAAACGGAAUAGAAAAUUUGUUAAAAAGUUAAUAUACGUAAUUUUAAGGUCAUAGUUGUAAAGAUUUGAGUUACGAUUGGGAUUAGCUUCAGACCAGGAAGAUAUUUAUAUUCAGAGAAUAAAUUUUUUUAACGAGAAACAAACAAGGAAGUUGUUUCACAUCCUUAACAUACAACUCAAUCAUUUGUACAGCUCAAGUUAAAAAAGUGUCAUGUCAAAGGGCAACCAAGCACUUCUUGUGGCAGCCAUUGAUUUUGGUACCACCUACUCUGGAUAUGCUUUUUCGUUUCGGCAUGAGUUUGAGCAAGAUCCUCUGAAGGUUUGUGCCAGCUCCUGGACGACCGGAUCUAGAGUGUCAAUUUCUCUGAAGACGUCUUCCACGAUUCUGUUUAAGCCAAACCGUCAGUUUGACUCAUUUGGAUUCGAAGCUGAGGACAAAUACAGUGACCUUGCCCUUGACGAUGAGCACCGUGAUUGGUACUACUUCAGAAGAUUUAAGAUGAUGUUGUACAGUUCAAAGGAUGUACACAGGACAUCUUUGAUAAAAGAUGAGACAGGAAAGGAAUUACCAGCAAUGGAAGUUUUUGCUGCUGGCAUCCGCUAUUUAAAAGAUCAUAUGAUGCAGUCUUGCACCGAGAGAAUGUACGGGGGUGACAUGAACUUACACGACAUUCGAUGGGUAUUGACAGUUCCUGCAAUUUGGGAUGAUGCGGCUAAACAGUUUAUGAGAGAAGCUGCAUUAAAGGCUGGAAUACCCGGAGAGUACCUAAAACUUGCACUAGAACCGGAAGCAGCUUCAAUGUUUUGCAGAUAUCUUCCGGUUGAACGAAUGAUGGGAUCUGCAGACAAGAAAAUAACUUGCUUUCAACCAAAGUCAAAGUACCUUGUUCUUGAUGCAGGAGGAGGAACCGUAGAUAUUACCGUGCAUGAAGUUAUACAAAAUGGAAAGUUAAAAGAACUCUAUAAAGCAAAUGGUGGAGCCUGGGGCGGCACAACUAUUGACGAAGCUUUUAUGCGCUUUAUUCAAGCUAUAACUGGAGAAAAAGUAAUUUUAAGGUUCCAGGAAGAUCACAAAGACGACUUCAUUGAUCUACUCAGAGAAUUCGAGAUAAAGAAACGAACAGUCAAGCCUGACAUGGACUCAAAGGUAACAUUUAAGAUACCGAUAACCCUCCACGAGCUUUAUAGAGAUGUAAAUGACGGAGAGAUACGAGACGCCGUUCGCAAGAUUCCUACUUUAGAAGGAAAGGUUACGUUUGCCGGUGAUAAGAUGAGAGUUGAAGCAGACACUGUAAAAGCACUGUUUGCACAAACAAAUGAUACAAUCACUAAGCAUCUACAAAACAUAUUAAGCUUACCAGUAGCGCAAGGUAUAUCGUCAAUUCUCAUGGUGGGUGGAUUUUCUGAGUCACCUAUGUUGCGUCACGCCGUGGAAACAUCGUUUCCAAAUGCUCGUGUGAUUAUUCCACACGAGGCUGGAUUGGCGGUUUUAAAGGGCGCUGUUAUUUUUGGCCAUGACAGCAAUAUCAUAACUUCACGCAUUGCGAAGUUUACAUAUGGUUUAAAAUGCUACAGUGAAUUUGAUCCUUCUAUACAUCCAAAGGAAAGAGUUAUCUAUAACAAAUGCGGCGGGAAAGAAGUGAGGGGUAGUUUUUCAAAGCUUGUAGAGGUUGGACAAAGUGUGUCAGAAAUUGACCAAUCUAAAAUGAUGUCAUAUCACCCUACUGAUGGAGAAAGUGCUUUCUGUAUAAAACUGUUUGCAUCACCUAAAAGGGAUCCAAUAUUCGUUGACGAGCCGGAAUGUAUUUCAAUUGGUGAGGUUAGCGUUGAUUGUAGAGACCGACAUGGAAAGAUUGGAAGUGCAUCUGUAGGUCUUAUUUUUGGAGGAACGGAACUAGAAGUAAGGGCAGUGCACAAUACAACUGGAGAAGAAACGAAAGCAACCUUCGAUUUUUUGGAGUAACAGGGAUUUUAUUGGCAUCGUUCUGUCGUAUUAAUUUUAUUGACGAUUGAAAAUGUUAUUUUUAGAAACAUUUUUUUAAUUGUAUUAUUGACCUUAUUUCGUAUUUUAUAACGGAAACAACUUUCUUAAAACUUUUUUUCCAAUUUAAUCGAGCAAAUGAAUAACUGCAAAUGACGUUAAAUCUGUAUUGCGUGACAAUUAAGGUCAUUUGCGUUUAAAGAGAAAAAGCUGAUAAGCUGGAAAUACAAAAUACUGUACACAUGUCUUAUUUUAACAAAAUGGGGAAAAGGGACAUUCCUAAAACGCGAUAAAAACAUCCCAAGUACAUCAAAAUGCAAAUUUGGUUUGAUUGAGUGUUUAUGAGGGGUAAUGGAAUAGUGCAACACCGACUUAAGCGGUAUUCAAUUUUAACACCUUAUGUACUUGAAUCAUCCCAAGGGAACAAAAAUAUAACAACACUGAAGUGAAGUAGAGGCAACUCACGUCAUUUGACAUCUGCUGACGUGAAGUAUUA